AUGGUCCGUUUAACCGCAGAUCUGAUCCUCGAAUCGCCGCAGUAUUUCAACGCGGUGCGAGAACGAGAGAUCGACUUAAGAGGGAAUAAGAUCGCAGUUAUUGAGAAUCUCGGAGCCACAGAGGACCUAUUUGACAGCAUCGACCUGUCGGACAACGAGAUAGUGAAGCUGGAGGGGUUCCCUCUUCUGCGGCGGCUCUCCACUCUGCUGCUCUGCAACAACCGCAUCACCCGCAUCAGCCCGCAGCUAGCUCAUCUCCCCAAGCUGCAGACUCUAGUGUUGGCCAACAACCCCCAACUCCCCAAGCUGCAGACACUCGUUCUCGCCAACAAUCGCCUCACCAACCUAGCGGAUCUCGACCCGCUGGCAUCCCUGGCGCACUCCCUCACCUCGCUCUCCCUCCUCGACAACACGGUUGUCAAGAAACCCAAAUACCGCCUCUACGCCAUCCACUUGCUUCCCAAGCUGCGACUGCUCGACUUCCGAAAGGUCAAGCUCAAGAAGCCCAAGUACCGCCUCUAUGAGAUUCAUCUGCUGCCCAAGCUGCGACUGCUCGACUUCCAGAAAGUGAAGCUCAAGAAGCCCAAGUAUCGCCUCUACGCCAUCCACCUGCUGCCCAAGCUGCGUCUCCUCGACUUCCGGGAAGUGAAGCUCAAGGAGAGGCAAGAGGCGGAGGCAACAUUUGGAAAAGACCGAGCAGCAGCAGCAGCAGCCAAGCGUGUAUCAGCCAACACGUUUGUUCCCGGGGAGGCCCUGGCAGAAGCAGGGGGGGCAGGAGCUGGAGGGGAGGGAGCAGCAGCAGCUGGUGGUGCUGGUGGUGAUGGUGGGAAGGAGGGAAGGGAGGGGGCUGCUGCAACAGCAGUAGCUGCAAAAGGGCCAACACCCGAGCAGAUCACAGCAAUCAAGGUGAAGGUUCCUUCCAUGUGUGAGGGUGAAGGUCCCUUCCAUGUCUUAAGGUUUUCAUGGUGA